GGAGGAGGAGGAGGAGAAGGAUGACGAUCUCAAUGCGAUAGCAGCGUUGGUGUUGCCACUCCAGCUGGGCCUCGCGGGCCCUCGCCACGCAACCCUUUUUCCUCAAGCCGAGCUGGGAAUGCCAGGGAACAUCAACUUCGGCAGCCACCCUCAGAACGCGGGAGAAACCAUGGCCCUGCGCUUGAGAGGUGCCCUCUUCGUGCUCGCGUGUGGCACCACAUGGGGCAGCGAGCCCACCCUGCGCCUGCGAAACGGCGUGGAGAUGCCGAUGCUGGCGGCCGGGGUGUGGCAGUACAACGACACGGAGGCGGAGGCCUCCCUGGUCGCGGCCUUCAAAGCGGGUUUCAGGAUGGUGGACACCGCCUGGGACUACCACAACCAGGUCGGCGUGGGGCGCGCACUGCGCGCGUCUGGAUUGCCGCGGGGGGCGCUCUUCGUUGAGACCAAGGUGCCGGGCUGCGGCCUGGACCCCGCCGUCUCGAGGUCGAACUGCUUCGCAGACACCAGGAGGGUAUUGGAGGGGGACCUGCAGCAGCUGAACCAGAGCUAUGUGGACUUGGUCAUUCUGCACUUUCCGCCUCGCGAAGCCUUUGUUCUCCGGAGCUGCCAUUUCAGCUGCGGCGCAGUGCGAGACCAAUGGGCGGCCCUCGAGGAGUUCUACAAGGCCGGCAAGGCGAAGGCCAUCGGUGUGUCGAACUACUGCCCCUCGUGCUUCGCGUGCCUCGACGGCAACGCGACCGAGGUGUACCCGAUGGUGAACCAGGUGUCGUACCACAUCGGCAUGGGGCCGGACGCUUCUGGUUUCUUUAGCUUCGCGCAGUCCAAGGGUGUGGUGCUGCAGGCGUACUCGCCGCUGGGGAACACGCCCUGGACGGAAAAGGCCAAUCCGGACAUCCUUGGCGGCAACCUCACCAGCACUUUGGCUGCCGCGCACUCGGUUUCCACCAUCCAGGUGGCCCUCAAGUGGCUGGUGCAGCAUGGGCUGGCCGCGGUGACCAAGAGCAGCAAUCCGCAGCACCUCGCAGCGGACAUCGACCUGUGGUCGUGGAACCUGACCGCAGCGGAGAUGGAGGUUGCGGACAAUUACCGCGUUUUCGGCAUGCCAUCCUUCGCGUGCAAUUUUGCAGAUCACGCCGCUGAGAUGCUGGUCUGAGCUGAGCCUUGGAGAGUGCCUACCUAGGUGCACGUCGUUUCAGUCGCCCUGCACCAUGGUGGAGGCAAGGAGCAAGACAUCUCUUUCUGAGGGCCAGAUCUCCGCAAGUUGCCUGUAUUGUUGAGGCGAGGCGCAUUUACAUACGAUUUCCCACGGCAAGCCACUAUUUUGCCGCAGGGGCGCCGCUGUGCCAUCGGCCGUCUUUCCCGUUGGGGUCAUGCGUCCUCUGUGAAGAAGCGAAGCAAAUCUAGUCUCGAGGGAGAACGGCAUUUGUUGGCGUUGAGCUGUCCAUCCGCAUUGGGCCCUGCUUGAAGAGCAACCCGUGCCAGAGUGCGUCGACGUCUGGUCUGAAAAGAUUUCCCCCUUCACGGUACUCCUCUUCCUUACAAGUCCUCAC